GAGGUAGCUGGGUGGCAGGAACGGGGGGGGGGGAAGCCACCUGAGAAAGCCAUGUAAGAUCCUUGGCUAAUCAAGACUCACAUUCAAAUUUAUCCAUAAUUUGCUUCAAAUUCGCAACACAAAAUGAGUUGUUUCAGGGACAAUGUUUCAUUGGAAUAAUCGACUUAUCCAAAAGGAAGACAACUUAUCUGGAGAAGUUAAAAGAGGAGCUCCAUGGAGAUCGUCACAGAAGAAACCUAUUAAAGUUCAUGUUACAUCUGCAUGUCAGGUGAAAGUUACGUCAGUAACUUCGGACAGGUAAAGGGAAAGAGAAAACCCCAAAACCCCUUUCAUUUUUCAUUUGUGCGUCUUGGAGCUGCGCUUCGGGAUGAGUGGAGGUCGCUUCGAGUUUGACGACGGCGGGGCUUACUGCGGAGGCUGGGAGGGGGGCAAAGCCCACGGCCACGGCAUCUGCACCGGACCCAAGGGCCAGGGCGAAUACUCGGGCUCCUGGAACUACGGCUUCGAGGUGGUCGGGGUCUACACGUGGCCCAGCGGGAACACCUACGAGGGCUACUGGUCGCAGGGCAAGCGCCACGGGCUGGGAGUGGAAACCAAAGGACACUGGAUUUACAGAGGGGAAUGGACUCAUGGCUUCAAAGGGAGGUACGGGGUCCGGGUCAGCGUGGGCAGCGGAGCAAAGUACGAAGGAACCUGGAAUAACGGGCUUCAGGAUGGGUAUGGGACAGAAACGUACGCAGAUGGAGGUACUUACCAAGGUCAAUUCACUGGUGGGAUGCGCCAUGGCUAUGGUGUUCGGCAAAGCGUCCCCUAUGGCAUGGCAGCAGUUGUUCGCUCCCCUCUUCGUACCUCCUUAACUUCACUUCGCAGUGAGCACAGCAAUGGCACUGUUCUACAGCAAGAUGUCCCGGUCAUCACCACCACCAAUGCUUCAGGAGAAGAAACACCACUCACCACCCCUGCCCAACUGGGACCAUCCCGUGGAGGCUUUGCUCUAACUCUCCAGGUGGAUCCUGAGGCAGUGAAGCCCAAAAAGAAGAGGUUGUUCAGAAGGAGCUCCCUGCUGGGUAAGCUGAAGAAGUCUGAUUCAAGCACAUCACUGUCUAGCCAGAAGAGCAAGAUUAGCUUCCUGAGGACAGAGUCAGCUCUGAGUUCCAAUGCCAGUGAUACAAACUCCACCAUCAGCGGAGAUGAGAGCCUUGCCGGAGUGGAGGAUUUCCCCCCAGUGGAGGCUGACAUUGACGCCACCACCACAGAGGUCUACAUGGGUGAGUGGAAGAAUGACAAGCGCUCUGGAUAUGGAAUAAGCGAAAGGUCCAGCGGUCUGAAGUAUGAGGGCGAGUGGCUCAACAACCAGAGACACGGGUAUGGCUGCACCACAUUCUCUGAGGGAGGGAAGGAGGAGGGCAAGUACAUCAACAACAUGCUGGUGAAGGCCAUGAAGAAGAGGGUGAUCCAGCUUAAAGGAACCAAGAUCAAGCAGAAGGUGGAGCGGGCGGUUGAGGGAGCACAGAGGGCAGCAGCCAUCGCUAAACAGAAGGCAGAGAUUGCUGCUUCUAGGACAGCCCAUGCAAAGGGCAAGUCAGAUGGCGCUGAGCAGGCUGCCCAGGCCUCCAACAGUGAGUCCAGCAUUGCCAGACUGGUUGCCAAAGAGCUAUCACCUUCUUUCUAUCAGCCAGGCCCUGAGUACCUGAAGAAGAGGGUUAUGCUGGAGGCUGUGGAAGACAGCGAGAACCCAGACACUGAAAUACAUGAGCCCCUGCUAGCAGAAGAGGAGCCCCUGUUGGCUGAUGAGGAGCCUCUGCCUACACCACCGGAGAGCCCCUUUCUGAACGAAUUGGCCAGUCUCAUGCCUGGCUCGUCCCCCGCCCGAACCCCCUCCCCGAGCCCGGCCAUAAUCAACAAGGAGGACCCCAAACUUCUCGGUCCAAGAGGCUGGACUGAAGACAAAUCCAUUAAAGGUGGUGGCAUUAAGGGUGGCCUGAAACCCAGCAGUGCACCUAGUAGUCGCCCCACCACCCCGUCAGUGUCAGCGGCUGCACCUCCCACGGCUGCACCAGAGAUUGGAGCAGCUUCCAGCAGUCGUCAACCAUCACGCUCCCCAAGUCGUCUGAGUAACAAGAUUGAACAGGGGUCAGACAUGGAGAUCAAACCACUUCAGAAAUUUGACUCUGAGGCAAAACCAGCCAUCCCCGUCCCAGAAACUAACAGCCUCAUCUCAGCAGACGAAGAAGAAGAAGCUUCUCUCCCUGCUGCCAAUGUGGCCCCCAAAGCUGUGACCCCUGAGCCCAAAGCCCCUGAGGUAAACACUGACAGAGCUCCAUCCAUCAAUGAGCGACCACCGUCCACCUCUGAGAAGAAAAGGCCAUCCAGGGAGGGGAGCAGGCCUGGCAGCAAAGCAGAGACAAGACCAUUUCCAAAACGGCAACCGAGUCCAGCUCCACCUGCAAAACAACAACCGAGUCCACCUCCAAAAGCUGCUGCUAAUCAUGAACCUAAAACAGUUACAAAGCCAUUGGAAACCAAAGCCAUAGCUGCCAAACCAGCCGUAAAGGCCCUGGUGUCGAGUAAAGAGGCAGAGUCUUCAGAUCUGGAGGGCCCAAAUACCAUCAUGGUUUGCAUGGUGAUCCUGCUCAACAUCGGCCUGGCCAUUCUCUUCGUUCACAUUUUGUCAUGAGACAUUUUCCACCACAUCAGGUCACAGGUGGUGAUGGACACUGAUGGCGUUGCUCCUCCACCUUAUGGACCAGAGAUCAAAGACACCACUGACGGUUGGAGCCUUCUGCAGUCGGCUGUGGGUUUUGAUUGGUGUAACUGAGAGGUUCUGUGAAGCUGUUGUUUUUGCAGAGCUUGGAGAAAACUGAAGGACGCUGAAACGUCUGAAUUUGACUGUUCUGUUGAAGCUGCCGGUUAGAUGGUAGAGCAAGUCUCGGAGCUGGGUGGGCCUCCAGAAUUCAACUUUGUCACAGUGUGUCACAAGGGUGCUGUCAUUUUGCAAUAUGCGUUGUCCUACUUUUAAUCUGCCUUACACUGAGUGGUCCGCACGACACCGAAUCAGUAGAUCAUCACGCGCUGCCUUGACAUGUGUUUUUAUUUUGGAACUGCAGAUGAAAGAAUGUUGAAAACUCAUUCAGACUAAACUUUCAAUCCAGUUUGCCUUGAAUUUGCAGCGUCCUUGUGAAGAAAAACUGUUUCUGUCAGUGUUUUUUAAGCGCUGUGUGUUUGUGUCAGUCACCUGAAAAAGUUCUCCCAACUCUGUUUUCAUGGAUACUAUCACUACUAACUGCAUCUGGUGUCCAACAGAUAUGUUCUCUUUUUAUGGGGAUUUUCUGUAUGUGUGUGAGUUUUUAUUCAGCUGCUUUUUUAUUUAGGGAGAAGAUAAAAAGAGAUUAAUGACAUUUGGGUGCCCCUGCUGAUGCUUUUGUCCUGUUUGUUCCUGUGAAGCCAUGCACUGCUGUUUAUCCCCUCAGUGAUUUCAAAUGAGUUCCCAAAUUAUGGUGAGCAACAAGGGCAAUUAUAUCUGCAAUCAGAAUAAUCCAAAGCAACCACUGUAUGUUUCAACAAGGGUACUGAAUCUGUACAUUGUUAUUCCUACAGCAGGAGGAGGUCUGAAAUGAUCAAUAUGUCUCUGAGAUCCUGACUGCGUUGUAUUUACCUAUAGAGCCUAAUAUUUGUAUGCAGGAGGUGAUUUUCUGUACUUUUGUAUGAUUUUUGGGAGUGCACCUUUUCAUCUUUCAAAGAGUUCUGUUGUUACCAUUUUCUCCUUUUUAACUAAAGCAACUCUGCCAUCCAAAAUCCAAAAUGUAUUUACCCUACAAUAGUUAGAUAAAAAAACAAAACAGAAUGACUCUUAACUCCAUGUCUUACAGUGAAAAGACUUAUUAUUUCUGUCUUGGUUUGGUGGUUCGUGGCCUUGCAGAGAAGAGGUAUCUGAAGCUGAUCUGCCUUUAAGUUUGAUGGUGUUGUUGUUGAUGAAGGAAAAAGCCUAAAAGUAUUUGCAUUAAAAUAAAGAUUAAAAAAGAAGAAAUCUCC